AUGUUUCCAACAGAAGUAUCGGGAGGGACUUCCCAGGAAUAUUUUGACCUUGACCAGGGCAUAGGAGGAGUAGAGUACCAGGACUAUCCCGACCCAAUUGAAUACUGGGCGGAAAACGCAGACACGUGGUCGACGGGCUGUCAUGACCCUACUCAGCAAAGCUAUUGUUACGACUACCACCAGCGUUGCCCCUCCAAUGGUCCAGGGAUGGCUGCAUGUUCAUUGUCACCGGACGGACAGUAUGACAGCAGAUCACAGGAAUACCAAAUCUGCGAUAUACAACAUCAUUUGGCGGAAUCAAACCAAGGUAGAAGAAAUAGCAGCAGUCAAAAAACGAAGGAGGUUCCGGCGGAUACGGUUCGUGAAGGAGCGACGGAGAGAGAAAGACUACGUAUGCAUUCCCUUAACGACGCGUUCGACAGUCUGCGUCGCGUUGUUCCGAAAUCGAACCUUAGUGACCAUCACAAAUUGUCAAAGAUUGCUACGCUUCGCUUGGCGAUCCACUAUAUUGCAGCGCUGGGCGGGAUUCUAAAGAAUAGUGGGGUCGAGGUUCGAGUCAUCCAGGAUAGGAGUACGGGGGACAUGCGCGGAAAGCGAAGGAGGUUCCGGUCACGUGGGAGGAAGACGGGAAAUACAACCAAACAGGGUAUGUGA